UAACCUUCCAAUUCACCACCUAACUUCUUCCUGUCACCAAAAAGCGACUUCAAAACCUUCAUCUCCUGUCAAUUUUGUCAACCAAUCCGCGUCAGAUUUCCCCAUUUGCACACCAUUAUCAUUUAGUUUACUUCGCUUUUGUCCCCUAUAUUUACAACCCACUCCCCCAUUUCUUCUUUUCUCUCAUUUAUUUUCUCUAUUGAAAUUGGUUUAAGAGGAAUUUUGGGUUGUUUUUUUCCUCAAUUUUGGUAUAUAAUUAUACCCAUUUGUUUGAUUUUUUGGACUUUGAAGAAAUACCAAAUACAAACAUGUCUCAAAAUGGGGGAGUUAGCACAACCAGUGCAAUUUUUGAGAUUGAUGAUGAUGAUUUCUCAAGGUUUUCUGAGAAACCAAAACCCAUAAAGACAGAGAGGAAGAGAUCCUUUGAUGAGAAAUCUUUCAGUGAAUUAUCAAUAACUAUGUCUCCUAGGCCCUUUUAUAGGAAUACAGAGAAUUCUUCUCGGGUUUUCGAGCCUGUUGAUAGCAUAUAUUCAUCAGGAGGAAGGUCUGGUUUUGAUACCCCAAGGUCAGAAAAUGGGUUUGAGACUCAUCCUAUUGUAUCCGAGGCUUGGGAAUCUUUGAGGAGAUCUAUUGUUUACUUUAGAAAGGACCCAGUUGGUACUAUUGCUGCUUUGGACCACUCUGAAGAAAAGCUCAAUUAUGAUCAGGUUUUUGUAAGAGAUUUUGUUCCUAGUGCAUUGGCCUUUUUAAUGAAUGGAGAACCAGAUAUAGUCAAGAACUUCCUUAUGAAGACUCUACGUCUUCAGUCAUGGGAGAAAAAGGUUGAUCUAUUCAAGCUAGGGGAAGGUGUCAUGCCUGCUAGUUUUAAAGUCCAUCAUGAUGCAGUGAGGAAUACAGAGACAUUAGUUGCAGAUUUUGGUGAGGCUGCGAUAGGAAGGGUCGCUCCCGUGGACUCUGGUUUCUGGUGGAUCAUUUUGCUACGUGCUUAUACAAAAGCAACCGGAGACUCUACGCUUGCUGAUAUGCCAGAAUGCCAGAGGGGUAUUCGUCUGAUCUUGGGCAUAUGCCUUUCAGAAGGCUUUGAUACUUUCCCAACCCUUCUUUGUGCUGAUGGGUGCUGUAUGAUUGAUCGUAGAAUGGGUAUUUACGGGUAUCCCAUUGAAAUCCAAGCUCUCUUCUUCAUGGCAUUAAGAUGUGCCUUGCAAUUGCUCAGGCCCGAAGGAGAAGGGAAAGAAUUCAUCCAGAGAAUAGUAGAACGGCUUCAUGCCUUGAGCUAUCAUAUGAGAAAUUACUUUUGGCUUGACUUGAAGCAACUCAACUGCAUCUAUCGCUUCAAAACCGAAGAGUAUUCCCACACAGCUGUUAACAAAUUCAAUGUAAUGCCUGAUUCUCUUGAAGAUUGGGUGUUUGACUUCAUGCCAACUAAGGGUGGUUACUUUAUAGGCAAUGUUAGCCCAGCAAGAAUGGACUUCCGGUGGUUCUGCCUUGGAAACUGUGUUGCUAUCUUAUCAUGUAUGGCAACUCCAGAGCAGGCCUCUGCAAUUAUGGACCUUAUUGAAGCUCGUUGGGAUGAAUUGGUUGGUGAAAUGCCUCUUAAGAUCAGUUAUCCGGCUUUGGAAGGUCAUGAAUGGAAGAUAAUUACCGGGUAUGAUCCAAAGAAUACUCGAUGGAGUUACCACAAUGGUGGUUCUUGGCCAGUUUUACUGUGGCUUCUGACAGCAGCAUGUAUUAAGAGUGGAAGGCCACAGAUAGCGAAAAAGGCUAUCGAACUUGCAGAAACCCGGUUGCUGAAGGACGGCUGGCCUGAAUAUUAUGACGGAAAAGUGGGGCGUUACAUUGGGAAGCAAGCACGUAAAAACCAAACAUGGUCAAUUGCAGGUUAUUUGGUUGCAAAAAUGAUGUUAGAGGAUCCUUCUCAUGUGGGUAUGGUAUCUCUUGAGGAAGACAAACAGAUGUGCCCUCAAAUCAAAAGAUCUGCAUCCUGGACAUGCUAACACCAACAUUUUGUGAUGAAUCAUUUUUUUUGCCAUUUUUUAAGUGCGGGGGUGCCACUUUUUAGUUAUUCGAUUUCCAAUUAAAAGAAUUAUAAUUAAAUGGCUCAUUGAGACAUGUAUGCUUCUACAAAUGGCGUUUGAAAUCUAGCGUUAAUUGGAUAUUUUUUUACAUGCGUGUUCGUUCAUCACAUUCGAUAUGCGACCCUAAUGAAAUGUAAUACAAUGUUCGUUCAUCAUUUUUGAUAAUGGUUUUUUGGAUAUGAAAUGGAGAAAAUUGUCCAA